GGGGGUGGGGGUCACCUGAUACAUAUUGGCACGCGGUGUUGGUGAUCACAUUUUAUCAACGGAUGUAGAGAUGGAGGGCUAUCAAACACAGUUCAGCUUGCAUCAAGGUGCCAAGCGAUUGAUAAUGUCAGCUCGAGAUCAGAACCUCAGAUGCAGAGGGAGACAUUGCUGCAUCCUGACACUUGUGAGUAGCCAAGAAGCUGGAGGCUGAAGAAGAAGCUGGAGGCUGACCUUGUUCAAGUCCAGGGAGAGGUGGAUGAUACAGUCCAGGAGGCCAGAAAUGCAGAGGAGAAGGCCAAGAAGGCCAUCACUGAUGCUGCCAUGAUGGCUGAGGAACUGAAGAAGGAGCAGGACACCAGUUCUCACCUGGAGAGGAUGAAGAAGAACCUGGAGGUCACUGUCAAGGACCUGCAGCACCGUCUGGAUGAGGCUGAGAACCUGGCCAUGAAGGGUGGCAAGAAACAGCUCCAGAAACUGGAGUCAAGGGUGCGUGAGCUGGAGUCUGAGGUUGAUGCUGAACAGAGACGUGGAGCUGAUGCUAUUAAAGGUGUCAAAUAUGAAAGGAGAGUCAAGGAGCUCACCUACCAGACUGAGGAGGACAAGAAGAAUGUCACUAGACUGCAGGAUCUGGUGGACAAGCUGCAGCUGAAAGUGAAGGCCUACAAGAGACAGGCUGAGGAGGCUGAGGAGCAGGCCAACACUCACCUGUCCAGGUACAGGAAGGUGCAGCAUGAGUUUGAGGAGGCUCAGGAACGUGUUGACAUCGCUGAGUCCCAGGCCAACAAGCUGAGGGCCGUGAGUCGUGAUGCUGGAAAGGUAAUGAGUAAUGAUGAAUUAGUCAUUUUAACCUCUAACUGUGACAACUUUGAAAUUGCGGAUUGACAUCCAUCAUUGCCUAUAAUUUUUACAAACUGAUUUUCUCACUUAGGGUAAGGAUCACCAGGAAUAACAAGAGAUGUCUGUCCAACCAAGGAAUCAUAAAAUAUGAAUUCCCCAAUAAAGCAAAUGAAUAUAAAAUCUA